AGCUACACUAUAUAGUUCUCUUGUAAAAAAAGGUUCAUGCUCUUAGUAUGCACUUGAUAAAAUCCCUUAGGCAAUCAACACGCGACAUCCGCUUACUUUGGUUCUCGGUGCUUCUUCGCAUGGCCGCAUAUGGCGUGACGAACCAGGUCCUCACGAUCCACUUGACGGAAAUCGGCAUCCCCGAGACAAAGAUUGGGCUUUUCAUGUCACUCACCCUUGUCGGCGACACCGUUCUCUCCUACUUUCUCACCUGGUACGCAGACCGGAUUGGGCGUCGCUUGGUGAUGCGCCUCGGAUGCGUAAUGAUGGUCCUAUCUGGGACAGCCUUCGCUCUCAGUUCGAACUACUGGAUCCUACUCUUUUCCGCAAUUGUGGGAGUGAUAUCUCCUUCCGGAGACGAAACAGGGCCGUUCAAGUCAAUUGAAGAGGCCUCAAUCGCGCACUUAACGCCCUUGAAUCACCGUCCAGAGAUCUACGCCAUGCACUGGAUGUUUUCCACCGUGGGGGCCGCCGUGGGCUCGCUUUUCUGUGGGUUUUUGAUUGACGGGUUACUUGAAGCAGACUGGACCCAUCAGAGUGCCUACCGCUUUGCCUUCUUCAUCUAUGCUCUCAUUGCAUGUAUGAAAUUCGUCUCAAUGCUCUUCCUCUCAGAUGCGUGCGAGGUGCACAGCGGUGAAGAGCCCCCGUUGCUAUCUAAUGAUGACGAGUCGCAAACCUCUACUGAAUUGCAGGAUGACUGCAAUACUGUCACCGGUUUGUCUCGGGGUACACAGAAAAUGUUGUUCAAAUUCUUGGUCAUCUUCAUGCUUGAUUCGUUUGGGUACGGCUUUAUGACCCAGGCAUGGGUAGUUUACUAUUUCAAGACUGUGUUUAAGUUUUCGGCUGCUGCUUUGGGAACUUUGUACUUUGUCGUUAACGUCUGCAACUCGCUUUCCUCCCUUCCAUCAGCGUAUAUGGCCAAGGCAAUGGGCCCUGUGAAGGCCACCUUAGCCGCACAGGUACCGUCUGCUCUCUUUUACGCGAUGAUCCCGUUGUGCGGCACCAGCUGGCUUCCUGCUGCGAUUUUACUCGUGCUUAACGCCGCCACAUCUACUAUGGACAUCGUUCCGCGCCAGAUUCUUCUCACUUCGCUCAUGUCAAAGCACGAAUUGACCCGUGUGUUGGGGGUUGUGAAUAUAGGGAAGACGUUUGCGCGGUGCAUCGGACCAAUCUUCACGGGAAAGUUAGCUAGUAUCGGGCUCUUAUACGUGAACUACUUUAUCACCGGUGGAUGCAUCUUACUCAGCGACUUUAUCUUGGCCGUAAACUUUGGCGGCGUUGACGCCGAAAUUCUCCAGCAACAAAGUGUGGAGUAUACCAUAUAGGUAUAAGCGUUGAAUAUGGUUAUAUUAUUUUUGACUAUAUAUAAACAACGUGAACAAAUAUUGAUCAUACUAAAAGUGUUAUGAAAACAUACCUACCGAGGAGUUAGCUGUGAUCUUGACUAGCGCCAAGAGCAGAUACUGGUGAUGUAUCGUGAGUAAUAUUUCAAAGGUAAAAAGAUAAAAAAAAAGUGCUAAGUGAAACAUUUAAUCCGGAUGGUUUGUUGUAAUAGGUUAAGAGAAAUGGAUGAUAGUCAUACCAGCUCAAGCCAUCAAGAC